AUGCCAGCACCGACCGACGUCUCCCGACGUCUCCUCGCCCGCCUCCACCGUGACCUGGCAGAGCUGCUGGAACAGCCCUACCCCGGUGUCGCCGUCUUCACUGACGAUGCUGACAUUCGGAAGUUCUGUUUGGUGUUGACCCCUCCAGCUGGACCCUGGACCGGAUUGAACCUCCAUUUCGAUGUCGUGCUGCCGGAGGAUUGGCCAUCCCAACCUCCUCAAGUCUCCACUAGUGUGAAUGGGAUUGACCACCCUAACCUCUUUGGAAAUGGCUACAUCUGCUGCGACCUGCUCAAACUCCCGCACUACCUCGAGCGCGGAUAUACUGGAGGAUACACCCCUGCCCUGACGCUUCGCGGUCUUUUCCUACAGUUUCUGACCUUCUUCUCGAGCACGAGCAUCGAACAGGACUAUGGGGGAUCCGUUUGGAUUGGGGACCGGAUUGUCACCAACUAUGUAGAAGACAGGUACAUGUCGACGGCGAACCCCUGGGAACCUUGUUGCUGGGUGGCAAUGGAUUUAGGUUGUGGAUGUCGUCCCUCGCAUGGAACCCAGGCGGAACUGAAGGCACGAUACGAAGCAAACCCACGAGAGGAGAUCGUACUGGAAACGAUUCAGACCGCAAAAUGGGAGACGGUCAUCCACAUGGCCAAGAAAAACACGCCGAGGUUCGAGCAGAUCCAUAAAUUCGAGAUGACCAAUCCUCGGUACACUUCAACUCUGAAGCAUAUCUCGAAGUGGACUUGCAGCAAAUGCCCAUAUGGAUCCAGUGCCCUACCACACCUUCAGUCGCAACAACCUCGCGUAACCCAACCUCAGGUCGCGUCGUUGUUAACCACCCCUCCAUCCCGGUCUAUUCUCGACGAAAUCAACGACGAUGUGCUCCUGGAGCUCUCCAACCAUCUCACCUCCGAGUCCGUCAUAGCCCUUGGGCAGGCAUAUCCUCGCUUCUAUUCCUUGGCCACGAUGUAUCGUAUCCUCCUCCAGAGAGAGGUUCGCUGCUUCUUCCUCAAAACCCAGCUGCACGAUGGAAUCCUCGGAAUUGGCAUUGCCUUCAAUCCUGGGCCACGCACAUUGUCGUCUGACUUUGACUGGCUCAGCAUGGAGGCGUUCGACGUGCACAAGGUCAGGAAGAGUAUCGAGAAGCGCGACUUUGGGUUCUUCCUGCCGCUGGCGUUCAGUCCAUCUCACUUUGAGCGGGCUAGGGUGGAGAUUUGGAAACGUCUGGGACAGAUUGACGGUGCUAUUCGGGAGACAGAAUCCAACUUGGCCAAAAGGGAAGAUCAAGCGUCUGCGAGGGGGCGUGGUUACGGUCGAGGGCGUGGCCGUGGUCGCGGUCGCGGUGGAGGAGGCAGAGUAACUGCGACACGUCCCGCCAUCGACGUCCCAGAACCAAAGAACCCUCAGGACGUUGUGCGAGUCAUCUACAAAAUGAUGAACAACAUUGUCACGGCACUCAUGAAAUCUUGCGAUGAUGCCAUCAUCACCCUUUCACGCCAUCGUUUCGAUAGCAGAGGGUUGCUCAUGGCUUCGGAAAAGGCUAUCAUCUCUUACUGCCAUCUGAUGCAUCUCCUCAUUUGCCUGGCCCGCUCGUCCCCCGUCAUUCUGCGCGAUGCCGUCUCCCGCCUCCAACGGUUCCUCGCAUCUCGUGACAAUCGAACGAAAACGUCCGAGCCCGACAUGGGCGAGCUCAUUGUGGUGAUGACUUUUGUGUUGAUCAUGUCUCCACCAAACGAUCCCAAUAUCCCCAACUGGAGCAUGUUGAAUGGUUCUUUCCUAGAAGAAGCGAUCAUCCGCAACGUUCGCUGGGUCCUCCGAGAUUCUCCAGAACUGGAGGUCUUGGAACCUUUCGGGGCAAGCACAUAUCGCCUGGAAACAACUUUUAUCAGGUCGAAAACCAGCCUCCGGCUCCUGAUGUUCCAAGUGACGUUCCUGGACCUGUUUCUCCAAGCCUAUCGGACUGUUGGUGUUCAGGCUCUUGACGAGAAUUACGGUUUUUCUGUGAAAGAACUUCCCGAGUUGAUGGUCAUUGAAAUCAAGGAUAUCUAUACAGUUGGUAGUUGGUUGCACUUCUUUGGGAAAGUGCAGUACGCUAGGGCACAGGCGGCGGACUUUACGAAGGAGAGGUUUACUGGGAUGUUGAGGGAUGCUGUACGGUCGAGUGAGAGGAGGGGGUAUCAUACCGCUACCAGAGAUGCCAGUCGCAGGGCAGAGUUGGUCGACAUUAGGCGUAGAUUGGAUCGAGACUUUAACUAG